AUGGCUUGCAUUACAUUUGUGUUUUUGUGUUCGUCUCUCUUGUUCAUCGCCGUCAAAAGUCGCCCAGCCACCGGACCAAAAGUCUUCGAUGUCCAAAGCUAUGGUGCUAAAGGCGACGGUAAAACGGAUAACACCAAUGCAUUCACAAAAGUGUGGAAAGAUGCAUGCGCAUGGAAUGGACGAAGCAGACUAGUAUACAUACCAAAAGGAACUUUCUAUCUAGGUGGUGUUACGUUCCAAGGACCAUGCAAGGGUAAGAUUUCGUUUUUCAUCGAAGGGACCUUAUUGGCUCCUACGAACAACGACGACAUCAAAAAGGAAACGUGGAUCAAUUUCCGAUACAUCGACUAUCUCACCGUCUCAGGUGGUGGCACCAUCAACGGUCAAGGAAAAAAGUCUUGGCUACUCAAUGACUGCCACAAGAAUGAUAAUUGCCCUAAACUUGCUACCAACAUGGGGUUUGAUUUCGUGAAAAAAUCAAGAAUCCAAGGAAUAACAUCACUCAACAGCAAAGCGGGACACUUGAAUUUCUUCUUCGUUGAUCACUUUGACAUCAGCGGAGUCAAAAUAACAGCUCCUGGCCAUAGUCCCAACACCGAUGGAAUUAAAAUUGGUUUAUCAAGCAACAUGCAAAUCUCAAACACUCACAUCAGCACCGGAGAUGAUUGUAUCGCAAUCCUCUCCGGAAACACCAAUUUCGAUAUCUAUAAUGUCACGUGCGGCCCAGGACAUGGGAUCAGUGUCGGAAGCUUAGGAAAAGACAAAGACGAGAGAAAAGUCGAAGGCUUAAGAGUUAAAGACACGGUCUUUACCGGUACGACCAAUGGUCUACGGAUCAAGACGUGGGAAUCGCCGGCUUCAUCGAUCGUCAUUUCCAACUUGGUGUACGAGAAUAUUCAGAUGAUCAAUGUCGAAAAUCCUAUCGACAUUAAUCAGAAGUAUUGUCCUUAUCCGCCGUGCCAGAAACUGGGAGAGUCUCAUAUUCAGAUCCAAGACGUAACAUUAAAGAACAUUUGGGGAACGUCGAUGACCAAAGUGGCUGUGAAACUUCAAUGUAGCAAAAAAUUUCCUUGCAAAGAUGUUAAGUUAGUUGACAUUAACUUAACGCACAAAGGAAUCGACGGUCCUGCAAUUGCGUUUUGUCAGAAUGUUGAAGGUUCUGCUUCUGGCAAGAUGAUUCCUCCGCAUUGUCUGAAUUGA